AUGCUCAACGCAUCUGAAUAGGCAGCAACUUCCAAUUUAAAUGAUAAAUUGGAGGAUCUUAAAAAAAUAAUGAAGCAAUACUCAAAGUAUACAUCUGAUUCAUAAAAUGAAUUUGAGACACAUUUUAAGAAAUAUGGUCCAUUUAAUAAAUAAUACUCUUAAUAGAUUUCAUUAUCAGUAAAUGAUCCAAUUAGUUUAGGUAUUUUAGUAUAUUUAUUUAAAGGACAUAAUUUGAUGGAAUUCAUUCAGCUAUUUGAAUUGAUCUCAAAAACUACUCUUUCAUAAUUUUCAGAAUUUUAGUAAUUCUUUUCUCAAAGUAUUGAAUAAUACAAUGAGAAAAUGAAUAUUUUCACAAAAAUAAUAACAGAUGGUAAUUUUUAACAAUCAUAAUAACUUGCAUAACAUAGAUAAAAUUGUAAAAAAACCAAAGAUAAAUAUGAUAAACUUUGUAAAGAAAUAGAAAUGACUUUAAGUUCUAGUAAGAAGAAUUCAGAGGAUGCUUUCACUGGAUAUGAUCUCAAUCUAUCCCAAAAGAAUGAUUAAAAAUUAAAGGAAUUAGUUAAACAAGUUGAACCUGCAGAAUAACAAUACAAAGAUGCUUUUGAUAGUUUAACUAUAAAAACUAAAGAAUUCAAUUAAGCUAUUGAUGAUUCACGAUAGUAAUUGAUUCAAGCUCAUUAAUUAACUUAUUAAAGGUUUGUAGAAAUCACAAUGAAACUUGAUUAACACAAGUUAUCAGCAAAUUGUUGGAUCAAAGGUUAGAUGGAUGAAAAACAAGAAAAAAUAAUAACAAUGCCAAAAUAUGAAUAAGAGAUGGAAGAUCGAAUAAUAACAUCAAAAUAUGAAUAAGAUAAUUAGUUUAGAUAUAUUAACAUUAUGAAUAAAGUUAUAGAAAAAAAACCUAUAACAGAUUAAGAAUAUUUGAUAUUUCCAGAUGUUUUACAUAAACAUAUUGAUGCUUAAUUAUCUUUUAUAAAUGAUAGAGUUAAAAAUUAAAAGACUCUUCCAAAUUAUCUAUUAGAAAUAUCAAAUCAAAUGGAUGCAGUUUCAAAAAAUUUAUAAAAAUCAAUAAAAACAACAUUAUAAUUCAUUCAAGUAAUCAAUAUUAUCAUUCAUCUAGGAUAAAUCAGACAAAGAUAAAUCAAAUUUUAUAAAGCCAAUACUUUAGGUCUAAGAACUAUUAGUUAAGUAAAAUGAUUAAUAUUCCAAAAAGUAUAAUUAAUAAUCACAAUUUAUUUAACUUAAAGCUUAAUGUCUAGAUUAAUUAAUAAAGGAACAAAAAAAUUAAGAAAAAAGUUUUUUAAAUAUGUAUUAAAAGAUGUUAAAAGAUUUUUAAGGUCUCAAAUAAUAAAUUUUAGAAAACGAAUAAAAACCAUAGAUUAAAGAAAAUUUACUUUAAUUAUUAAAGAAAUAAAUAUAAGAUAAUUGUAUAGCUAUAAAAUACUCAGUUGAAUAGGUAAGAACAAAUGAAUUUCAAAGGUCAAAUCAAAUAAUUUAAACUUUAGAAUAAAUAUUAGGUCAUUAUAGUUCAUUCAUUGAUGAAAUAAUAACUUACACUAAAUAAUAAGAAGAAAAUCUAAGUUAAAUUUAGGAAAAGAUUGCAUAAAUUGAAUAUGGAACAAUGAUUAACACUAAACUUGAUUAGCCAGAAAUGAAAUUUUAAAAACUCUUUGAAAUGACAGAUGAAAUAAAAUCUAAAAUUGAAACAGCUACAUUGCUCCAACAAUAAGAAGAUAGUGAAAGUGAUGAUAUAAAUUUGGAAGAAGGUUCAGUUAAAGUGUCUUAAAAAUUGAUUGAAAAAUUUAGAAUUUUAGAUGGGGAUAAAUGUAUUGCCAGUUAUGCAUGUGCAUUUGAUAAUAAAAUUCUAUUGUAAGGAAGAAUGUAUAUUUUUUCAUCAAAAGUUUGUUUUCAUUCAUAUUUUAAUGGCAAAGUAUUUAAUUUAAUAUAAUAAGACUCUUUUUGGAACUACUGCUUUAGGCAUUCCAUCAAUUGACAUAUAAAGUAUCAGAAGAAUUAAAGCAUAUAUGGUAGAUGCAGCACUUGAGUUUAAAACAUUAAAAGGAACUUUAGUUUUUGCAAGCUUAGCAAAUCGAGAUUAAACUUUGGGUAGCUUGAAAUAAGUCAAAGGUUUAGAAUCAGGAAUAAUUGAAGAAAGAAUUGAAAGUGAUCCAGAAAGAAAUAUCUAACAAGUUUAUGUGGAAACAUAAUAAUUAGUAAAACCUUAAGAAAAACAAUAAGGAAUUAGAAGUCCUUCUCCUAAACCUUAAAAUAUUUAAGCAGAAACUAUAAAUUUAAAAAAUAUUGAAUCAUCAAACGAUAAAUUACAAUAAAUUGAUUAAAGCCCCAAAAUUCUUAAUUUCUAAUAAUAACAAUAGUAAUAAUAAUAACNUACUUUAGGUCUAAGAACUAUUAGUUAAGUAAAAUGAUUAAUAUUCCAAAAAGUAUAAUUAAUAAUCACAAUUUAUUUAACUUAAAGCUUAAUGUCUAGAUUAAUUAAUAAAGGAACAAAAAAAUUAAGAAAAAAGUUUUUUAAAUAUGUAUUAAAAGAUGUUAAAAGAUUUUUAAGGUCUCAAAUAAUAAAUUUUAGAAAACGAAUAAAAACCAUAGAUUAAAGAAAAUUUACUUUAAUUAUUAAAGAAAUAAAUAUAAGAUAAUUGUAUAGCUAUAAAAUACUCAGUUGAAUAGGUAAGAACAAAUGAAUUUCAAAGGUCAAAUCAAAUAAUUUAAACUUUAGAAUAAAUAUUAGGUCAUUAUAGUUCAUUCAUUGAUGAAAUAAUAACUUACACUAAAUAAUAAGAAGAAAAUCUAAGUUAAAUUUAGGAAAAGAUUGCAUAAAUUGAAUAUGGAACAAUGAUUAACACUAAACUUGAUUAGCCAGAAAUGAAAUUUUAAAAACUCUUUGAAAUGACAGAUGAAAUAAAAUCUAAAAUUGAAACAGCUACAUUGCUCCAACAAUAAGAAGAUAGUGAAAGUGAUGAUAUAAAUUUGGAAGAAGGUUCAGUUAAAGUGUCUUAAAAAUUGAUUGAAAAAUUUAGAAUUUUAGAUGGGGAUAAAUGUAUUGCCAGUUAUGCAUGUGCAUUUGAUAAUAAAAUUCUAUUGUAAGGAAGAAUGUAUAUUUUUUCAUCAAAAGUUUGUUUUCAUUCAUAUUUUAAUGGCAAAGUAUUUAAUUUAAUAUAAUAAGACUCUUUUUGGAACUACUGCUUUAGGCAUUCCAUCAAUUGACAUAUAAAGUAUCAGAAGAAUUAAAGCAUAUAUGGUAGAUGCAGCACUUGAGUUUAAAACAUUAAAAGGAACUUUAGUUUUUGCAAGCUUAGCAAAUCGAGAUUAAACUUUGGGUAGCUUGAAAUAAGUCAAAGGUUUAGAAUCAGGAAUAAUUGAAGAAAGAAUUGAAAGUGAUCCAGAAAGAAAUAUCUAACAAGUUUAUGUGGAAACAUAAUAAUUAGUAAAACCUUAAGAAAAACAAUAAGGAAUUAGAAGUCCUUCUCCUAAACCUUAAAAUAUUUAAGCAGAAACUAUAAAUUUAAAAAAUAUUGAAUCAUCAAACGAUAAAUUACAAUAAAUUGAUUAAAGCCCCAAAAUUCUUAAUUUCUAAUAAUAACAAUAGUAAUAAUAAUAACAAUAAUAAUAACAAUAACAAUAGUAAUAAUAAUAAUAAUAAUAAUAAUAAUAAUAAUAAUAAUAAUAAUAAUAAUAAUAAUAAUAAUAAUAAUAAUAAUAAUUAAUUGCUGAAAAAACUCAAUAAGUUCAGGAGGUAAGAUCUUCUCCUGAAUCAAAUUCUAAGUAAAAAUAAAAUUAUGCUAUCAAUUAACAAGGAACAACUGAAAAUUUAUAAUAGUAAACUCCAAAAAUUAAUACAGACUGUUAGAAUUAAUCUAAUCCUGCUAUACCAAAUGUUUCUUAAUUUGAAGUUGAGUAAACAACUAAUUAAUCUAAUAGUUUAUAUAAUGAAAUAAUGGUUUAAAAUAAAUCAAAUAGAUUCAUGAAUUAACCUAACAUUUAAAAAUUUAAAACUUAAUUAAAGGUGACAGUGAAAGAAUUUAUUGAUUUCUUUUUAUUUGAUACUCCUUAUGAAAAUUGUCUAUCAUUUCCUCACUACUAUUAAGUUGUUUUGUGUUAGGAUAAAGAAAUUAGCUUUUAAAGGUAUCAACCUUAACCUUAAAUUGGACAGAUUUCAAAAAGACCAAUAAACUUUAUUCAUCCAGUUAAAGAAAAAUAAAUGUUUGCUCCUGAUGUAGUUCAUUGUUUUGCAGAGGAUGUUUUGUAUUAUUUUAAUCAAGAUGAAAUUUUGAUAGAAAAAGAAGUAAAAUUUGCUAAAAUACCUUAUGCUGACAGUUUUUGUUGCAGAGUUUUUUGGCAUAUUCAUUAAAUAGAAGAUGGUUGCCAAGUAAAUUAUGGAUUUUAUAUUCAUUUUAUAAAAUCAACUGUUUUUAAAAGUAAAAUUGAAAGUAGUAGUAAAAAAGAAAACACAGAGGUUUGGGAAAAGUGUUUGAAAUAAGUAUACGAAGAAGGGCAAAAUAAAAUAUUAUCUAAAAGAGUUUAAAAUGAGAGAUAGCCACCAAAAGCUGAAAUUGAAGUUACGUAAUAAAUAGAAACUUAAGUUGAAUAAAUUAACUAAAUUAGGGAAAAAGAAGAGACCAAACAGGUAAUUCUUGAGCAAGUAUAAUAAGAAUCUUAAAUCUUACUUGAGAACAAUGAAAAUCAAUAAUAAAAAUAAUAAUUGUUAAUUGAAAAUAAAGUUAAAGAAAUCUUUGUAGAGAAAUAGGAAUAAUCAUCUGAUUAAAAAGAUUUGAAUUAAAAACUAGAUAAGCUAACUUAAUUAGCUUAUGCAAUAAUAGGUCUUUUAAUUAUCAAUAUUUUGUUCACAAUUGGAAAAUGA